CCAGUUUGCCAAGCCAGCAGCAGCUCCAUCCCCAGAUGACAGGAUGACGAAGCUGGAAAACAUUCUAGCUUCAUUCAUGACGAGCACUCAGGCGACUAUCACGAGGUUGGACCAGAGUGUAGCCUUACUGGAGGCAGGUCAGAGGAACCAGGGUGCCAUUUUGCAGGAUCUGCAGACCCAGGUGGGCAUCUUGGCCCGCCAGAACACCACCAGGGCACCGGGGACUUUGCCUGCCACCACUGUCCCGAAUCCUCGAGAUCCUCACCAGCAUCAGCAGCUGGAUGCCAUUUUCACCAGGAGCGGUAAGACCAUAUCUUCUGAUCCUGUCCCGGCCAGACAGGAGGGACCACUGCCUGCUUCAGCACUUCCAGCCGACGAUGCAGAAGUGCGGGUGGAGAAGGAAGCCCCUGCUCCCAAGCCACAACCUGUGGUUAAGGAGCAUGUGCCCCAGCUUCCCUUCCCCACUCGCCUACACAAAGACAAGCUAGAGACUGAGUUUGCCAAGUUCAUGGCAAUGUUGAAGCAGCUCAACAUCAGCAUACCGUUCGUGGAGGCACUGUCGAAGAUGCCCAAGUAUGCCAAGUUCAUGAAAGAUCUCUGCACCAACAAGAAGAAACUUGGGGAUCUCUCGACAGUGCUGCUGAGCGAGGAGUGUUCUGCUAUCCUGCAGAACAAGCUGCCCGAGAAGCGCAAGGAUCCAGGGAGUUUUACUAUCCCUCUUACUAUUGGCAGCAUGCAUGUAGGAAAGUCCUUGGCGGACCUAGGCGCUAGCAUAAACGUCAUGCCAUAUAAGUUGUAUAAAAAGCUAGACCUAGGUGAACUUAGCCCUACUAGGAUGAGCAUUCAGUUAGCUGAUCGUUCUAUCGUGCAUCCUAGGGGAAUCAUAGAGGAUCUGCUUGUUAGUGUUGGUGCAUUCACAUAUCCUGUUGAUUUUAUUAUUCUUGAUAUACAUGAGGAUGUGGAUGUACCUUUGAUUCUGGGUAGACCAUUUCUUGCCACCGCCAAGGCACUUAUUGAUGUGCAUGAUGGUAAGUUGAUCUUGCGUGCUGGGGAUGAACGAGCUACUUUUUCUGUGACUGAAUUUGAUCACUGUGCUAUGAUUGCUGUCACGCCUGUGCAUGCCAUUUCUGAUCAGGUACACGAGUCUGUCGUGUACCCUUCUGCACCUCCUAUUUUGCAGGACCCUCCUAUCAUUCCUUCGCCGCCACUUCAUCCAGCCACGCCUCCGAACAAAAAGCUCAAGGAGGAGUGGCAGCCGAAGCAGCAGGUUGCUAAGCCUGCACGAAAGAAGAGUGGAGACCACUAUGAGCUGGUCCCACCUCCUGCACCACGACCACCCUGGCCGUCCGGGUACUCACUCGCCUGCAUCUUGCCGGAUGGCCAGGUCGAGCUGACUGAUGAUGGUGGUCGCAUCCGGCGGGUGCAUGGCCACAACCUGACGCUGUACCUCAAGAGCGACGUGGAUCCGCUCUUGGAGGCACCUGUUCCUUCACCUUCCUGAGUGUCCACCAUGGGCGUCCAGCUAAAAGACGGUAAAGAAGCGCUUGUGGGGAGGCAACCCCACCACGGUUUGAUUUUCUUUCUUAUGUUUUGAGUCGGAUUGUAACCCGGUUUGGGUUUGGUUUGUUUUUCUUUUGGUUUGGAUGAUGUUUUAUUGGGCUGACCAUUGGAACUAACAUUUUGUGUUGAGCUCUUUGGUUUCCUCUCGCUGUGCGUGUCUUGACUGGUCCCCUCUCCAGUCCGCUUCACUCGACUGGCCCGCUUCCAGUCUCCUGCAGUCCAUGCAUACCGGUAACAUCGUCCCCUUAUCCUUCCCUCUUCUCCAUUGAGGGCAAUGUCGAUCUUAAGUGUGGGGGGGGGGUGUUUAUCUUUUGACUGCAUUAGAUCUGUUUGUGUACUUGGAGCCUAGUCCACUGUCCAAAUUUUUAAAUUUGAGGGCUCCAAGUACGUGUUUCCUUGCAAUUGCCUGCUCAGUAUGCUUUGAAUUGACAGUCUUUAUAGUAAUACGCAACCUAGGGAGGUAGUGUAGCACUAUGGAGGAUGUUGAUGCAUUUAAGAAAUCUCAUUUCUUCUUCAUAUUGUGUUGGUUGAUUGAGUGAAUUAGUGAUCUUAGGACCCUUGAAUUGUGUGGUGCUGUGGAUUCUCUACCUGUCAUGGACUCUUGUAUCAUGUUUUGAGUUUAACAGUUGCUCGAAAAUGUGCUUCAAAAUAACGUCUCCCGUGCGAAUAGGGCGGAAGUGUGUAAGGGGAGACGGGAAUUCGUUCCCAAUUUCCACCUACUACCUCCAGCCCCCUUACAUGUCAUUCCCCCGCACGAGGCUCGAGACAUCCGCUCCUGGCAUGGCCGGUAAGAGCAGGUUGGGACCCUUGAAAAAGAAAAGAAAAGAAAAAUAUCAGAAAACA